AUGAAUACUAGUGAAAAAGAUUUUUCUGUGGAUAAAAUUAAAGAAGAAUAUAAAUUUAUAGAAGAUUCGAAUUUUUACAAAAUUUAUAAUGAAUUAAAUUGGGACUGUAAUUCUGUGAACUAUAAUGAUUCAGGUUCAUCCUGUUUUAAAGGUACUUUAGAUAAAUGGACAAAUUUCACUGACGUUAAUGAUCUCCUAAAGGAACUGUAUAGUACUGUAUACAGGAUAUAUAUUGCAAUUAUAGGAAAUAAUAAUGAUUACUUUGAUAAGCACCAAAGUGAAUUAAAAAAAAUUGGAUACAUCUAUUUGAAGUACUGGUUAUAUGAUAAAAUAAUGAAAGCUAAUUUCGAUGAUUCUAAAAUUGAAAAGCUUUUCCAAGGAUGGAAUAAUUUUGUAGAGCGAGAAAUAAAACGUAAACCUAAUAAUCUUUGCAUAUUUUAUAGUUUAAAAAAAGAUGAAAUCAAAAAGUUCCAAAAGAUAUAUGCUUUUAAUACAAUUCUAUACGCCAGUGAUAAAAAAAGUUCUAUAACUUGCGGUAAUAAUCAGUGUAAGUAUAUGGACUAUUUUGAAGAAGCUUUAACAGAAUUUAUUAAUAGUAUUAAAAAAUUCUCCAGUGUUUCUUCGAAUAACGAGUAUUGUAAAGAAUUUAACGAAUUCCUAAAUGUAUGCAAGGAUGAAAACCCAUAUGCAGGAAUCUCAAUAAACUAUGAAUAUAAGAGUUAUAGCAGUGAUCACAGUAAAAAAUACUUAUCUGUUGAAGAAUAUAAAGAAAAUCCACUUUAUAUAUAUAUAAAAAAUAACGAAUGGAUAAAAUUUGAUAAAAUUGCUCAUCUUCUCAAUACUCAAAAUAGUACUACUAUCGCAGCAACUUCUGUCGUAGGUUCUGCUAUAGAAUUAUCCUCAAUUUUUUACUAUUUUUUCAAGUUCACGCCUUUUGGAAGCUCUCUACGCACAGGAAAAGGGAAAAAUAUAGUAAAUAUUGACCAAGAAGCGCAUGAUGCAUUAUUAUAUACAUCGGACGCUGAACAAACACCAUUUCAAAGCAGGAAGUACAAUGUGGCGUAUCACAAUUUUAGUGAUACAUAA